AUGGCCAAACUUAUCUCGAGUUUCCUCCGUCGUCAUAAUCCGAUGAUACUUGUCUUUAUUUUCCUCAGUGCCUUAAAUUUUGUUUUCUCACAGACCCCAGAUGUUGAGUGUGUCAUUGAUAUUCAAGCCUCUUCAUCUUGGCGUAACUCAAGUUGUGAGGCAGGAAAUUGGGGUGGAUUUAUCAGUAAUUGUUGUGAAGUAGUUUUUGAUGACUACCUGUAUGCCUUGGGACAGAGGGCCAACCAGACCGGGAAGCUCUUCUUGAAUUCCACAGAGCAGACAAACUGCUUAGUCCUAAUGAAGGGUAUUAAGGAGGAUGUUUUGAGUUGUGGCAUCGAGAAGCUAACAAGUGGAGCCGGCGGCUGCUCUGACUAUACUAAACUAGAUGUUUUUAAUAAUUUACGGAGCACAAUGGAAAGUUUAGAAGAAGACUGUAAGCUUUUGGGCACAGCCGAAAAAUCUGAUCAGGUUUGCAGUGCAUGCUUGAAAAGGUGGGAAGAGAUUGUUGCGUCAUCAGACAAUAAGAGGGGUUCAUCGAAGGUUGAAGCCAAUAUCUGUGGUUUUGCUGUUUUGGUAUCCUUAACAAGCAAGAGGAUUGAUGAUAAGGAUUUUGUUCAGGCACUUUAUGAAUGCCUUGGGGAUCAGAGACUUUCAGCAGCAUCAAACGAUUCACUGUCUGAAGAACCUGGAAGCUUUAAAAUAUCAAUCAAGGAAAUUUAUGCAGCGACCGACAAUCUAAGUGCAGUCAAUUUCAUUGGCCAAGGCGGAGCUGGAAAGGUAUAUAAAGGCAUACUCUUGAAUGGGAAGCAUGUUGCAGUCAAGCACAUAAUCAAUGAUGGCUCUGUAGAGACAUUCAUCAGAGAAGUAACAAGCCUUUCCGAUGUUAGACAUCCGAACCUUGUAGCUUUGCUUGGCUAUUGUGAAGAUGUAGAAGAAUGUUUCCUGGUCUAUGAACUUUGUCAAAAUGGGAACCUUUCAGAGUGGCUAUUUGGUAAAGAUAAAAGUCUACCAUGGAUAACGAGACUUGAGCUUGCAAUUGACAGUGCAAGAGGCCUUUGGUUUCUGCACACUUAUCCGGAUGGCUGCAUUGUUCACCGCGAUAUCAAGCCAACAAACAUUCUCAUCGACAACAACUUUCAAGCCAAACUGUCAGACUUCGGGUUAUCUAAAGUUAUGGACUUGGGCCAGUCCUAUGUGAGCUCAGAAGUGAGAGGGACAUUUGGUUAUGUCGAUCCUGAGUACAGACGGAACCACCAUGUAAAUGCUUCAGGAGAUGUCUACAGUUUUGGAAUAGUUCUUCUACAACUUAUCUCAGGGCGCAGGGUUAUCAAUCUGAACUCACAAAAACCAAUGCCACUUAGUAAAAUGGCCAGGGCACUCACAAAAGGCGGUGAUGUAACAGAAUUUGCAGAUCCUAAGCUUAACGGGGAGUACUCGGUUGUAGCCUUUGACCUUGUGUUCAACCUAGCUUUGUCAUGCACAGGACUAAAGCAGCAAAGGCCAGGCAUGGAGCAAGUGGUCUCAAAACUGGAAAAGGCACUACAUAUCUCAACCAAAAUGGAGCCAAUUUCGUUGACCGCACCAAUCAAGACUUGA